GGGAAAUCAUGUCGUCGACAUUGUGUUUUAUUUACUAUCGUAAACGACAUAAUCGUUAUAGGGAGCAAAUUUUGAGAGCUCUAAGGGACAGUGAAAGUGAUGAAGACACAAGUAAUGACAACGACAACGACAACGACAGCGACGAUGAUGAUGAUGAAGAAGUUAUAGAAAAGUUCAUUGAGAGUCCGGAAUACAUUGACCCAGGGUUUUUACCGAACGACGUGGUUCUGGUAAUCGAAGAUAAACAACUGUAUGUAAAUAAAGAUUUACUUGAAUCUUCAUCACCUGUUUUUGAGGCCUGGCUUAAAAAAGAAUGGCAGACGGAAAAGGGUACAGAAAACGGGAAAAUUGAGCUGUCGUUCCCAGGGAAAAACUUUGUUGAUAUGAGAGCAUUCUUUAAAUGCCUACUGCCUGUUUUCUCUGACAAAGUGACAGAUGAAAACCUAGAUACAGUGCUACCCUUAGCAGACGAGUAUCAAACCGAAAACUUGUUAUUAGAAUGUAUUGAGGUCAUCCGGGAACGUGUGGAGUCUGUCUACAAGACGGAUACCUACAUACCGCCGUCUCGGAUUGUCACAUAUGUACGCUGGGUGGAGCAGUUCAAGCUCAACGCUAUCAGAGAAUGCGUUGUGAAAUUAGCAGCAGUCAUUGAGAAUGAAGAUCUAGAAAAUGCUCCAGAUUAUUAUACUGUCGGGACCCUAAUCCAGCUUGAGGUAGCUAAAACUAGAUCCAAACUACUGAAGGACCUGUUUGUGUCUACUCCAACUGAUGCCGAACGAAAGAUUAGCCGACUUCAAGUUCCACGUCACGACAAAUAUAUGUCUGAAUGGAAACAGAAUGUAUCGAACCUUUUGCAAUAUGCAGUGGAUCAUAUCGGGGAUCUGAAACCACAACUUUCUAACUUCUCUGCAACUCCCCCAGUAUUAACUAAGAAUCAAACGCGAUCAGCGGGUUUUGGUAAAUUGCGACCAGUAGGUAUAGUUUUGAAUCCACCGCAAUCAGUGGUUCCUUCAUUCUCUUUUGAAGAUCCAAUUUCGCAAAAUAUGUCUGAUCUUUUUGCAUGUAUUUCUGUUUCGGAUAGAAUUGAUUUACACGACAUUUAUAACAAAUGCAUUGAGAAAUUAAAUGUUGAAAAUAUCAGCAAAGGAAAUUUCCAAAAGCAAUGGUCCAAACAUUACACAGGUAAUAAAAUUGAACUCAGUAACAUGGGACGGCACGUGCUUAGCAUGUAUAAAUGCACAUGCAAAUGAUGUUGAACUUGUUAUACAUGUACUUCACUUAUGACUUAAUCUUAAAAUGGGAUCAACACAUCAUACUAGGAAAUCAUUACAAUGUAUAUUCUCUAGAUAAUAAUCCCUGCAUCAUGUAUUUUGUGACACGUAGACUAGUCAAUGCUCGACAAAAGGGUGAAUCUAAAGUUAAUUUGAACAUACUGUAUUCAGUGUUUUUAUUACACGUGCGAAUAAUGAAGAUAUCAUAUCAAAAUAACAGAAACGUAUAAAUCGGGUAUCUAGUUGUUAAAACUACGUUUUAUCACCUUGUCAUAGUUUUUAUAACAUUUCAAAUUGUCAAUGCUUUUACCAUACCAUUCCAUAUGACAGUGCUAAUAUCGAAACACAAUGUGAAUUACAUAUUACCGAAAGCAAUCGGAGACACCAAUCAUUAUUUUAACUGUAGUUUUAUCGUUGUUCACUACAAUGUAAGAAUAGGUAUUAGUUUAAACGAUAAAACAAGCCAUCCGAAAUACAAAAAAAAAAAAAAAAAAAACAGAAAAAAAGGUUUCUCAGAAUUAUCAUAUAUGGAUACAUCAAAAGAUAAGGAAGAUAUCAAUUCAUAAAAGUGAAUCAAGAUUCUUUAUGUCAGAUAUUCCAUGUACAUUUUUGUAGUUAAGUUCUAAACAAUUUGUCUGAUAUUUAACGCCAUGUAUUGUUAUAUGGUAUUAAUGGAAAGGUAAUAUUAUAUCAAUAUCGAAUGUGUUUUAUUGAUUGUGUUUGAUGCACGCCUACUUAGGACUUGAUUUUAUAUCUGAAAUGGAUGUCCAAUCAAAAGUACACGAGAUUAGUGUCUAUGUUUUAUAAAUGUGACAUGGAAUUGUACGAAGUUAAAACAGCUACUUCUCAGAUAUUUUUUUAUUUGGCACAUUGUCAAUGUUUUAUAAAUAUGACAUGGAAUUGUACGAAAUUAAAACAGCUACUUCUCAGAUAUUUUUUUAUUUGGCACAUUGUCAAUGUUUUAUAAAUAUGACAUGGAAUUGUACGAAGUUAAAACAGCUACUUCUCAGAUAUUUUUUUAUUUCGCACAUUGUCAAUGUUUUAUAAAUUUGACAUGGAAUUGUACGAAGUUAAAACAGCUACUUCUCAGAUAUUUUUUUAUGUGACACAUUGUCUAUGUUUUAUUUUUGAAUUCAACAUGAAGCGCUAGCGCGCUUCACUAAAUUUGCCUUUGUCCAGUUGGCAUUCAUUAGCCCAUAACUUCCAACUGAAAGCAGUUCAAUGCUUAAAUGUAUCAUAUGUGCUAUGUGUUGUUGACCGGAAGGUAAAUAAAUUUGAAUUUCCUGUGGUAAUUGUAAUGUGUUGUAUGAUAUAUGUGUACAAUUCGCAUGCUAGACGAUUUUUCACUAUGAUCAUGUCAAGGUAUCAAGCCGACCAUCACUGCACCAUUGAAACUUUCUUUUUGAGAACAUGGAUGUGGUGCAGUGGUAUAAGCUGUGGGUAUUUCAACAAGAGGCCCAUAGGCCUUAAAUAUCACCUGAGUCUUAAACAUGUAACUAUCUUCUGUGUAUUUACAAUGUAUUUCUAAACAGUUCCUAUGUAAAUAGUAGUAUAAUUUCGCCCCUCUUCAUAAUUCUAGCCAAUUUUGAAUCAUUUCCAUUAAAAUGUGAUUUUCCUACA